CAUCAAACUAAACCAACAUUUUGAUCUCUUGUUUUAUUCCCAAAUUUUGGCUCAAUUAAUUCAAAUAAAAUAAGCUUUCAGCUUUCUUUUCUUUUGUUGUUAUCUUUCUUGAUAAUUUGAUCAACUACUUUGGAUGAAUUCUUAAUACUUUGUUAGCUUCUGUAUAACCAUAAUUGCAAACUUGGAAUUUUAAAUUAUUCUAUAACUUUUUUCUUGCUAGACUACAGGUUCUAGUUCGUAUUUACUCUGCGUUGUUUUCCCAACUAUUCCCAAUUUCUUCAUGAACUCCAUGCUUACCUUGAAUUGUAAAAGGUGUUCGCUACCAAAGUCGAUAAAUUUUUUUUGUAGAAGAAGCUAUAACACCUUGGAUGCAUGGUCAAAUAUACCUGAACACAUAAAAGCCAAACAGGGCCGACGACUGUUUUUGCAAAGCGGACAUCCUCUAUGCAGCCUUCGUGAGUUAUUACAGCAGCAAUUUAAAGGGAAGCCUAUCAAUUUCGUCGAGAAAGAUUCACCAGUUGUUUCUACUAUCACCAAUUUCGACUCUUUAGGAAUUCCAAAAACACAUGUUAGUAGGAGUAAAUCGGACACUUACUAUGUCAACAAAGAUACAUGCUUGAGAACGCAUACUUCGGCUCAUCAAUUGGAAGAGUUUCAGAAACUUGCUGAAAGUAAAAUGUCAAAGAAAGGCUUCCUAAUCACCGCCGAUGUAUAUCGACGUGACGAGGUAGAUGCUAGUCAUUAUCCUAUUUUUCACCAAAUGGAAGGCGCUUAUUUAUGGGAUCGGAAUGAUAGAGAAAGCAUAUUGAAAGAUGUUGAGUCGGUAAAGCUCGAUAAAAAUUUGGAGGAACUUGUAAUUGAUGAAGCAACCUUAGAAAACCAUGAUGACUUACAGGCUGGUUAUUCUUCCCAAGAAACUGAGCUUGUAUCCAUUCACCUGAAAAAUUCCUUGACCCUUGCAAUUCAUAAUUUAGUUUUAAUGACUCCAGAUACUGGGCUUGAUAAAAGUCAGGUUCGUUACCGAUGGACGUAUGACUCUUUCCCGUUCACGCAACCAUCUUUUCAGCUUGAAAUUCUUUGGAAAGGAGCAUGGCUAGAAAUUCUAGGCUGCGGUGUUGUUCGUGAAAAUAUUCUGACGCGUGCCGGAAUCCAAAAUCAUGUAGGCUGGGCCUUUGGUAUUGGUUUAGAACGUCUAGCAAUGAUUCUUUACGGUAUACCUGAUAUUCGGUUAUUUUGGACCACUGACGAUCGCUUUUGUAAACAAUUCACCCCAAACAACAUCACUACAUUCCAGCCUUACAGUAAAUAUCCUUUAUGCUAUAAGGAUAUAUCUUUUUGGAUUGAUGAGUCCUUUACAGCUAAUGAUUUCUUUGAAGUCAUUAGAGACGUUUGCAAAGAUUUGGUGGAAUCUGUAGACCUGAUUGACCAAUACACAACAAAAGCAGGAAAAACAAGUCUCUGUUACAGGGUCAAUUAUAGAAGUAUGGAAAAGUCCUUAAAAAACGAGGAUGUUGACUUGCUCCAAGACAACUUACGAAAAGCAAUUGCCUCUUCUCUAAACAUUCAACUUCGUUAAAAGCAUGAAAAAAAUAAUUCAUUGUUAAUUAUGAUAGUUUGUAAUCCUAUUAGUUUCUUUUAACCAUUAAUCCCAAACCCCGAAAGAAAACAAAAAGACAUAAUGCACGUGCAAAGACGAGCAAUCAUUAAUACAAGAAAAUUAAGCGCGAUUUUUGAUAAAACAAAUGUUAU